GUUCAAAAUGUUUUAUACAAAGAAUGAGUUAUCUUCUUUGACCAGGAGGGAACUGCAAAAAUUGUGCAAGCAGUUUGGAGUAAAGGCUAAUAGAAAGAAUUGUGAAUUGGUUGAUGACCUGUGCAAUUUUUUUGCAAAUCUUCAAAACGAGGAAAAGGAAUUACAAGAUGAUUUGCGAAAGCAGGAAUCUGUAUUGGCUUGGAUAUCAGACGAUGAUGAAAACAAACGUGACGAAGAAAAAGAAAAUAUGAAAAAUGAAUUAAUGAAAGAAGUAGAGCGGCGUGCUCAUGAAAAAUUUACAAAAAUACCAAGAUUAAAAGCAGAUGUGCUUUUUUCUCUUGGACAGACAGCUUCGCCGGCUUCAAGGAGAAAAUUUGAACAAACACACAAAGAACUCAAAAAAUUGGACUCUAUAGAUGUUUACAUGGAAAAGAAAAGAAAAAGAGCAGAAGAAAGGUUCAGCUAUCAUAAAAAGUUAAAGAUUAAUGCUGAAACUACGUUAAAACGAAUGAAAAUGUCCCAUAAUACGCCAGCAGGAAACGCUGACAAUACUCAGAAAAGAAAAUCUCAGGGUAAUACCCCUGUACCAGCGAAAACCGCCGUCAGAACACCCAUGUUUAAAAAGUCUGCUCUAAAAAUCGACAAAGAAGUAUCCUUUAAUUUCGUUUCUAAAUUAAAAUCUCCAAAGCCUGUAAAAGCACCGAGAAUUUCACCUCGUUUGAAUGCACUUAAGGAAAGAAAUUUUAAUACCAAACGGAAACUAACACCCGGUGUUACGCGGAAGUCAGUACAAUUUACCAACGUCAACAAGAAAACAGUUAAAGUUGCGAACAAGUUAAAUCGUACGCUUGGCGACCUCAAAUCGCCUGGCAUCACUCCUGGAAAGAAAACGCCUAUUAAAUUCGACUUGCAAGCCUCUCUUAAGAAACGUUUGUCAUACAAGCCUCAUAUAGGGAAACUGAAAGACGUAUACUUUACUGACCGGAAAAGUUUAGAUUCGAAUAAAAGUUUAGUUGGAAAUAAAAGUUUUUUGGGAACGACGAAACCAAAAGUUGGUGUUAAAGAAGUGACAAAAAAUGUUUCUAACAGAAACGAACGACGAACAGCCGCGACACAACGCCGUAAUACAAAAAGGGACGACGCUUUGGCGAAACGACGUGGUAUCUUAUGUUAAACUUUUUUUGUACAUAUGCUUUUAAUGACAUUUUAGCAGAUAUAAUUAUUUCACCGAUUUAACUUUGUAAAUACAGGAGUAUUAAACUUUGUAAAUAUUCUUACCAUAUGAGAAUAGGUUUCAUGCGUAAUCCUA